ACACUGAUCACAACAUGGCGGUCAAAAGGAACCAGAUAAACUUUCUCGGAGAAACAAUCGUCAACUCGGUCAAAAGAAAGUGUAGCUUCUCAGAUUAUUGAGGUAGUCACGACCUAGGCGAUAAAGACGGGUCGUCUGUUAGUUACGUUAUGCAAAAUCUAGUCGAGAAAGAGUGUGGUAGUACCAAUGGUGGUGAUGGAAGUGUGCACAAAGUUUCCCAUGAGCGAGCUACCAUCAACAUGCAAUCAGAGCCUUUAUUACGGUACCUGAAUGGGGAAAUAACAUUCACACAAUGGCUUGAGAAUGACACCAGCAAGUCGAAUACUGCUAGAGAGGGAGAUGAGCAGGGGGAGGGGUACUCAGACUCAGAUGAUGAUUUGGCUGAUGAUGACGAUUUGGCUAAUGAUGAUGAUGAUGAUGAUAAUAAUGAGUCGUUAGAAACAUCAACACCAGAUGCCCAAAAUACUGAUGAAUUACAGCCUGUGGAACAGCAACCGUGUAGCAGUCAGCUCAUUGGUUCACGAAUGACAGAUCUUCUCCUGGAAAAACCUGCUGCUCAGAAAGCUAGAAAACAUGGUGGCACAAGUGUGGAUGAGUUUUUUGCCGAUAUUCCUACAAUGAAACGCAAAAAAUCCAAAGGUAGACCAAAGCGUGGUACUGUCCCACAAAAGUACAGGCGACAAAUAGGAGAAGCUAAUCUAUGCUGUGCCAAGGGGAAUUAUGAGAGGGCCAAGGAGAUCUGCAUUGAUAUUAUAAAGCAAGCUCCCAAAUGUGCUGAGCCAUUUCAAGUUCUUGGAAUGGUCUAUGAAAUGCAGAAUGACUCUGAAAAAGCCCUACAGUUCUUCUUAAUUUCGGCCUAUUUAAAAAAGAGUGAAGAUAGUGAGGACUGGCUGAAGUUGGCAUCCAUGUCUCUAGAGCAAGGCAACUAUAAACAGGCUUUGGCUUGCUACAAUCAAGCUCUGAAACACAACCCGGACGACCCAACAAUCUUGUGGGAGAGAGCUGCUGUUUGCUACCAAAUGGGCGAUGUCAAAAAGGCACUAGAAUACUACCAAGUGGCGCUGAAGGCUUUUCCAAAUGAUGACCUUGAGAAACUCAUGGAUCUAGCCGUAGAGAUGGCCACAAUUUACCAUGAGCAAGGUUCACUGCUUGAUGCAAUUGUGGCAAUGGAGGCAGCAUUUUCCAGGGUGCAAAGAUGCUCAGACUUCAGAGCUAUCAACAUGCUGGCGGAGCUGUACAUGACUGCAAAACAGUACUCAAAAUCUUUAAAGUUAAUCUGUACCAAUUGUGAGAUAAGGCAAGAAAGUGCACCUGUGCAAACCAACACAGAGCCACUUUCUUUGUUUGCCAAUAUUCUAGGAUAUGAGAUAGAGAAAUCACCACAGAAAAUGAAAGCUUCCCUUUUGUGUGAAGUUGAUCUGAACUCAAAAGCCAAGUGGAUUAUCCCAGAUAAAGUACCAAUUGAUUUACGAGUGAAGACUGUUGUGUGUUUGAUCCAUCUGCACUGUCUUCAACCUGUUAAGGAUAUAAUAGCCCCAUUAUAUUUUGAGAGUGUUGACGAUGUUGGAGAUUUAUAUUUGGAUGUCGCAGAAGCAUACGCAGAAAACAGUAAUUAUGAAGAAGCACUUCCUAUAUUUGACAUUCUGGUCACAACUGAAAAGUACAACCAGGCUGGUGUAUGGCUAAAUAAGGCGCAGUCACUCAUAUCACUGGGUCGUCUAGAAGAAGCUGCUGCCGCCUGCACGCAAGUUGUAUCCCUUGCACCAAGCCACCUUGAGGCACGGGUACAAUUGUCAAGCCUACUGCAGCAACUCGGUCGCCAUGACAAAGCCAUUGAGAUUUUAACAAGUAAGCCAGAUGAUGGUAAUAGCAUGGAAAUUGCUGAUUCAGCCUCAGUGGCCGAAAGUCAUUCAUCUGAAAGCCAGAAAGAUGAACCUCCUGAGGAAAUUAUGGAGCCACAGGACUUUCGACUCCUUUAUCAUAAGUGCACUUUACUGAAGUCACAGGAUAGAAUGGAAGACUUCAUCGAAGCUGCACAGCAAAUGUUCCAUGUCUACUUUGGUGACGUGUCCAGAAAACCUUUGAAUGACAUCAUCGCCAUCGCUGAAGUUACGAAAAAUUCCAAAGUCAGGAGGACGUUAUCUAAGAAGGAUGCUAGCAAAAAGUCUGUUGUGGCCUGCGACGAUAGUUUUGUCAGAAAGGAAGAAUGGUACGAGAUGUUGAAGCAGCUGAUUAUCGAAAUGUCGAAGAGGAACAUGCAUGAAGAAGCCUUGUUUCUUGACAUGUGCGGACUAGCCUCGAAGCAACUCAUCGACCUCAUUCAGCCACAGAAGGAACUUCGCUUUAUGUCCAUUGCUGCGCUUUUCCUUGUUGGCAGAUCCAGAAAAGCCUUUGACUUCCUUAGACAGGUUGUGGCCGAGAACCCUCAAAGUUUUCUCCUGUGGAACAUGCUGGGAAGGGUGGUUGGGCACUCGCAAGACAGCCGUCACCAUCGCUACUGUCUGCGCAUGCUCAUAAAGUACCCGGAUUUGCUCCCUCUAGUGGUCGUCAAUGGGCAUAACUCAUUCACUGCAGGGAGUUUUAAGUUCGCUAUUGCGGAGUAUAUACGCGCGUUUCGGCAGUGUCCGAGUGAUCCCUUGAUCAGCCUCUGCAUGGGAAUACAGUACAUCCACCUGGCUUGUCAGCGGUUUCCACACAAACGGAACUCUGUUGUGAUACAGGGUUUCAUGUUCAUGUACCAGUACAUGUGCUUGCGAGGCAAAGGCCAAGAAUCCUAUUACAAUAUAGGCAGGGCAUUCCAUCAGUUAGGUCUCAAUCACUUUGCAGUGCAUUACUAUAAAUUGGCUCUGGAUAGCCCCUAUCACAACGGUAGCCCUGACACCUCCCAGCAACCGCAGGUUUCCGAAUGUUAUGAUCUUCACAGGGAGGCGGCGUAUAAUCUCUCGCUGAUCUAUAGGGCUAGUGGAAACACGGAUUUAGCUAGGCAGAUCAUAUCAAAAUACAUCGUCUUCUAACUAUAAAAAGUUAGGCUUGUAAAUAGGAUUUCAUAUAUUUAUUUUCUAAAUAGAGAAAUUAUUACAAUAAAAUCUAAUGUAGCUUC